UCCCCACUUCCCAGCCGGGGCCAGUCGGGAGCGAAGGCGCGCUGAGCUGCAGUGUCUGGCCGAGAGUACCCGUGGGAGCGUCGCGCCGCGGAGGCAGCCGUCCAGGUGUAGGUGGUGUGGCCGGCCGGACCCCCCAACUGGCGCCUCUCCCCGCGCGGGGUCCCGAGCUAGGAGAUGGGAGGCACAGCUCGCGGGCCUGGGCGGAAAGAUGCGGGGCCGCCUGGGGCCGGGCUCCCGCCCCAGCAGCGGAGGUAACGGCGCCACGGGAUAACGGGCUGGAGGCGCCACAGGGAGCGGCUGGCGCUGGCAAGCGAAGCUUGGGGGCGGGAAGGAGGUAGAGUGAGCCCUCAGUAGGAGGGACGAGGGCAGGGGUCUGACUGCCUCCCCGGGACCGCCCCCAUCUCGUCUCCAUCAGGGCCCCCUCCCCCCAUCCCUGUCUCACCGGGCGCGGGGGAGGGGCUAGAGCGGAGUUAGAGCAAGAAGAAUUUCCACCCCUGGAUUACCUCUGAAACCCUAGAUCGGGGUAUAUGUGGUGGAGCCACAGUGUUAAAGAACAGAGAAGUGAUCCUUAAUCAUUUAGAAUUUUGCCUCCACCAUCCACCAGAAAAUGAAGUGGAAAGAGAAGUUGGGGGAUGGUGUCUAUGACACCUUCAUGAUGAUAGAUGAAACCAAAUGUCCCCCUUGUUCAAAUGUACUCUGCAAUCCUUCUGAACCACCUCCACCCAGAAGACUAAAUAUGACCACUGAGCAGUUUACAAGAGAUCAUACUCAGCACUUUGUGGAUGGAGGUGAGAUGAAGGUAGAACAGCUGUUUCAAGAAUUUGGCAACAGAAAAUCCAAUACUAUUCAGUCAGAUGGCAUCAGUGACUCUGACAAAUGCUCUCCUACUGUUUCUCAGGGUAAAAGUUCAGAUUGCUUGAAUACAGUAAAAUCCAACCGUUCAUCCAAGGCACCCAAAGUGGUGCCUCUGACUCCAGAACAAGCCCUGAAGCAAUAUAAACACCACCUCACUGCCUAUGAGAAACUGGAAAUAAUUAAUUAUCCAGAAAUUUACUUUGUAGGUCCAAAUGCCAAAAAAAGACAUGGAGUUAUUGGUGGUCCCAAUAAUGGAGGGUAUGAUGAUGCAGAUGGGGCCUAUAUUCAUGUACCUCGAGACCAUCUAGCUUAUCGAUAUGAGGUGCUGAAAAUUAUCGGCAAGGGGAGUUUUGGGCAGGUGGCCAGGGUCUAUGAUCACAAACUUCGACAGUACGUGGCCCUAAAAAUGGUGCGCAAUGAGAAGCGCUUUCAUCGUCAAGCAGCUGAGGAGAUCCGGAUUUUGGAGCAUCUUAAAAAACAGGAUAAAACUGGUAGUAUGAAUGUUAUCCACAUGCUGGAAAGUUUCACAUUCCGGAACCAUGUUUGCAUGGCCUUUGAAUUGCUGAGCAUAGACCUUUAUGAGCUGAUUAAAAAAAACAAGUUUCAGGGUUUUAGCAUCCAGUUGGUACGCAAGUUUGCCCAGUCCAUCUUGCAAUCUUUGGAUGCCCUCCACAAAAAUAAGAUUAUUCACUGCGAUCUGAAGCCAGAAAACAUUCUCCUGAAACACCACGGGCGCAGUUCAACCAAGGUCAUUGACUUUGGGUCCAGCUGUUUCGAGUACCAGAAGCUCUACACAUAUAUCCAGUCUCGGUUCUACAGAGCUCCAGAAAUCAUCUUAGGAAGCCGCUACAGCACACCAAUUGACAUAUGGAGUUUUGGCUGCAUCCUUGCAGAACUUUUAACAGGACAGCCUCUCUUCCCUGGAGAGGAUGAAGGAGACCAGUUGGCCUGCAUGAUGGAGCUUCUAGGGAUGCCACCACCAAAACUUCUGGAGCAAUCCAAACGUGCCAAGUACUUUAUUAAUUCCAAGGGCAUACCCCGCUACUGCUCUGUGACUACUCAGGCAGAUGGGAGGGUUGUGCUUGUGGGGGGUCGCUCACGUAGGGGUAAAAAGCGGGGUCCCCCAGGCAGCAAAGACUGGGGGACAGCACUGAAGGGGUGUGAUGACUACUUGUUUAUAGAGUUUCUGAAAAGAUGUCUUCACUGGGACCCCUCUGCCCGCCUGACCCCAGCUCAAGCAUUAAGACACCCUUGGAUUAGCAAGUCUGUCCCCAGACCUCUCACUACCAUAGACAAGGUGUCAGGGAAACGGGUAGUUAAUCCUGCAAGUGCUUUCCAGGGAUUGGGUUCUAAGCUGCCUCCAGUUGUUGGCAUAGCCAAUAAGCUUAAAGCUAACUUAAUGUCAGAAACCAAUGGUAGUAUACCCCUAUGCAGUGUAUUGCCAAAACUGAUAAGCUAGUGGACAGAGAUAUGCCCAGAGAUGCAUAUGUGUAUAUUUUUAUGAUCUUGCAAACCUGCAAAUGGAAAAAAUGCAAGCCCAUUGGUGGAUGUUUUUGUUAGACUAGACUUUUUUUAAACAAGACGAAACAUUUUUAUAUGACUAUAAAAUAAUUCUUCAAGGGCUAAUUACCUAACCAGCUUGUAUUGGCCAUCUGGAAUAUGCAUUAAAUGACUUUUUAUAGGUCAA